AUGGAAGAAGAGGAGGAGCUGUCGAUGGUUAUACCGGUGCCGGGGUCUGGUGUCUCCUCCCAGCGUGCUGCUUCGGAGUACUCGGAGCAUGCGGGGAAAUCAUCAGCACAGGACGCUUCGACUUCGGCAGGCAACCCAGCCGUCCCCUUCUCGCGCUCCACGACACCUGUUGCUUUUCGCCGAGGUCCUUCCGCUGCACGGGGAAGCGAUGAACAGGACCAAGUAAGCAUUCCUACUCCCUCUAUCCAGCGAAUGAAGCCGUCAAUGUCGCCAGAGGCGGACGGAUCGACCGCGGCGCACACACAAAGGCCGUCUGGGCGUUCUGCCGUGUCCAGCAGCUCAAUUGUGUUCUCGGGGGCUGACAGCACCACCGGGACGUCUAUCCUGUUUGCCAGCGAUGGCGCGUCUUCUGAGGGCGUCAGGAACGGUGAAGUUUCACCGCUUAGUCGCUCCCCCUGUGCUGUGAAGAACGGCAAGUCUGGCAACGUUGCUGCGGUGAAGCAGCAGACGCAAUACGACGAGGUUGCCCAGGACGCCGCUGCCGUUGUCGAUCUCACGAGUGACUCGUCUUUUGACCUCCACAUUGAGGAAGAUGAGCAGGCUGAGGAGCCGCCGGCAGUGGCGGCAGCGGCGGAUGAAGCACCGCAAUGGAAGCGGAAAUCGUCAAAGGCGUCCAAGAGGCCAACGCCUGGCUCAUCCAAGCUGGCCUCAUCGAUAUCCAAAAAGGAGGCAACUAACAAACGCGUGGAAAAAGCGGGCAAAUCCACGAGCCGUGCCACGCCUGCGGUGUCGUCUGCCGACCCUGCACCGAAGGGCAGCCGUGCGCGCCGUGGAGCCAAAGUUGCCGUGCCGUCACAACAAGCGAGCCCUGCCCGUGCCUCGAGAGGCCAUCCGGGAACGUUAUCAGCAUCGGAGCGGAAGGCAAACACGCCUGGAGCUGAGCAGCGACUUGCCUCUUUUUCCAGAGAUCAUGAUUUAGUCGCUUCCCCGUUGCUAUCCUCUCGCAGUAGCAGCGGGGGCAGUCUUAGCCACCGCGAGUCUCGCGGCUCUGUGAACUCCGUUGGCGAGGAGAGCGCAGAUCGCUUUCCAAAUCGCGAACACCAUCGCAACUGUGGGCUUCGUCCCACCCCGGGUGAGGACACAGAGGAAGAUGAUGAGGAUCGCCGGUCAAUCAGCAGAGCAGAGCGAGUAGGAGGGCAUGGCGCAUCUCGGAGCCACAAAAGCGUCAUAGCAGACACUGGCGAGAGGGGUCGCAGCAGUCGCGCACAGCGUGAGGGGGCAAAGGGGCAGGCGUGGAGAACGCAUUCUGGUGCCUCGCGCACGGAUCACUGUCGAGGUAGAGAGUUGUCGCGAGAGGGGCACCGUCAUUUGUCGUCAUGCUCACCGGUGCGCCGCCAUGGUUCACGGCGCCUGACCGUCGGAAGCUUGCAUGGCGGCGCGCUGGCGCACGAGUGUUUGAUGAAGCUGAGGCAGCACAGCCGCGAGGGGGGCUUUGACUGGCCACGGCCACACCACCGGCGCCGCAGCGGUGAGGCACCUCCACAUCAUCGGUGCCACUGCCGCUCAGAAAGUAGGGCGAAGGCGCCGUCGCCCUUGUGCGCGGAUCGCAUGCCGCUUCACCGCACCUCCUUCUACGACGACUACACAGAUAACGACGUGUAUGCUACAGCCGCUGUCGCUUCCCUUGAGCGAUUCGGUGACCUCUCGGAGCGGUGUCGCCGUCGCAGCAGCCGCGAGGGUGGGGACGACGGGUACGGGGCGGCGGUCGUGCAAAGCGCACGCUCAGUCGCCAGCUCCGUCUUCAGCGGCGAUGACGUCGAGGAGAAGGAGGAGCUACUUACCUCCUCCCACUUCGAUGAUCGCAGGAGCAGUACUAGGGGCCGCCGAGUCGAUUCUGCACUGUCGCCUCGCUCAAAGGCGCGUUACGCUGAUAGCAAACCAGGGGAAACACUAUGCCGGCAAGAACUUCUAAAGUACGACCACGGAGAUCGCCGGGCGUUCGAGCUUCGAAAAGGUGGAUCGGUGCACCGCCGCAAUGGCACUGCGGCCCGCAAUCAUCGCCGUCGUGGUGCUGAGUGGGAGCCUGACUACUACUACUGGAACGAGCCACGAAGAGGCUAUUCGCUCGAUAGCGGUGGCUGCGGCUGCUCGUGGUGCCCACAGAGCUACCACAGUCCUCGCCCGGCUGCUCCGCCGGCUCGUGAGAGCCCUCUCCGUUCUCGUUGUGGCCUCUAUCGCCCUGAUUCGCCUUCGGACGCACCGCCAGGCGAGGUGCGGUAUCAGUCACUCCGGCCUUUGGCAUCUUCUCCCGUUCGCAGGCACCGAGCCCGGAGCGCGGCAAGCGGCACGCAGGCAACACCGUUGCGGCGAGCGUCACAGAGCCCUGCGUCUUCUGUGGCUUCCGUCCCUCUUUCGGAGAAGAAGCUGCUGGGCGAGGUGGAGUGGAAGCUGGACGCGCUGGAGAAGCAGAUCGCCAACGAAGAUGCGGAGCGGGAGCGAGCGAUGAUGCGUAGCCCGUUUGAGCGGCUCUACCACUUGAACAACCGCCGCGACCGUGACGAGCGCCGCAAUAAAGUGUUCCAGCUGAGCCUCCUUGAGCGUAUCCGUGACCGAAUCGUCUCCGGCUCGCUGAAGGAGGACAUCGCGCGGAAAGAAGAACGGCUGCGUAAGCAGGAGGAGAUGCUGACAAGUCCAAACGGGGUGUUUGUGCGCCUGUACCAGAACUCGAGUCCGCGUCGUUCUUCAAACGCCGCAGCCGAAGGCAGCGAUUGCAAGAGUGUCGGAGAGGGCAACCGUGACGGGCGUGCCAGCGUCAACACCACCGGCGUGUCCAGUCAGCGGGCGUCGACGGCACGUAGCCGCAUGAGCGCGGCGGAGUCGCAGGAGCUGUGCAACCGCCUCUACGAAACCGCCGCCAUCGUGAAACAGAAGAAGGAGGCGAUGAGGAAGCAAUCAGUAGAGGAGCGCCAACGGCAGCAAGCAGAGGAGCUCCUGAUCGCGCGCUUGGCGGGCCAGAUUCAGCUCGAACGAUCCCGCACGCGUGCCUCGUCCAAGAGGCGACCGAAGACGCCAGCACAGUUGGAAGACGAAGCCCGCGCGGCGCUGGAGAAGCUGCGCAAAGAGGACCCGGAAGGUUACGAGAAGAAGGUGUUGCGAGGUCGCUUGCUGUCGCCAGCGGAAAGAGUUAUGCAGGCCGAGCGGCUCUGGAAGCACGGCUAUAUCUCGAAGGCGAAACUGGAGGCGCAAAAGAAGGUGUUGGAGCUGAAGAAGUGCACCUUUCAGCCUACCAUUAAUGAGUUCUCAGGCUCCGCCGGCGUUGCCGGGAGUGGCGAGACGCGCGGUAAGGGCGGCGGUGGCACGAAUGACGACAAACACUUGAGCGCCGGCACCGACCGUGCGCAGCGUCACCGCAAGGCAAACCGGUUCGAGGAGCUGUACCGCAAAGGAAUCCAGGCCAAGGUGCGUGGAGAGACGCUACGCGAAGAGCGCGACCGUGAAGCUCGCCUCAGGAUCCUGCGCAGUCGUAUGGUGAGCGACCACCACUUUCGGCGCCGUGUCGAGCUCGACCCAUUGCUCGCUGAGCGUUUCAUGAAGUCACUUGUUGUGUAG